AUGGCCACUCUAUGUACUCUAAUAGCAGCCUUACGACUUACCGUUCGCCUACACAUCAAUAAACACCUAGGACUUAGCGACUGGCUCAUGGCAGGAGGCGUUAUCCUAAACUUCCUGGGCUGCGUACCUUACGCAGUACUCGCGGCAAAAGGUGGCCAAGGCCGUCUAAUGGCAGAUCCAUGGUGGCUUGUAUCAGGGCGUACAUCGUACGAACUACAUAUGAUUUUCAUUACGCAGUGUCUCAACGUCUACGCAAUGUUCCUUGUCAAGGCGUCCAUUUGCGCUUACUUGAUGGCAUUAGAUUUUGGACGCAGCUAUCGCAUUCUCAUCUGGACAUCUGUUGUUAUCGUAGUGCUAUGCAACUUUGUCAUGAUGCUUAUACUGCACUUUGCGUACUGCCGGCCUUACUACUCGCGGUGGGAUUUUAGUGUCAAGGGAGAGUGUUGGCCUGAAGCAGUCAGUGAUGCAACGGCUUACGUGCAGAUUGCAUCCAAUAUCAUUACCGAUUUAAUCUAUGCUGCUGCACCUAUCGUGUACCUAAGGCAUAUUCAGCUCAGCAAGCAGACGCAGUGGGGCGUCCGAAUUGUUUUCCUACUGGCGCUGGUUGGCACCGGGCUUUCCGUUGCCAAAAUCCCCAUCACCACCAAGCUUCUCAAGUCACAAGAGAUGAUGUGGGAUGCUAUUGAUCUGAGUAUUUGCAGCAUCAACGAGGUCUGCGUCGGCAUCAUCGUCGCAAACCUUCCGCUCCUGCGAAACACUAUCCUAAGUCUGUUCCCGAAGAUCAUCCCAGCGAGCUUUGCCACAGCCAUGGGUGUCUCGCAAAAACCCACCAGCCAGUUUGAUAUGGUCCCUUCGCACUAUGCUUCCAAGGGCCGCACCAAGCUGCAAGAUGACGACGAAGAAAGCGAGCGUUGCAUACUAGAGUUGGGGGAGAGACAGCGAAAUUGGAGUAUUAUGAAGACUACUCAAGUGGAUGUUUACAACGAAGAUGCAAAAUCAUGCCAAAUAAGCCCUACCAAAAACCCUUUUUAG